AUGUUUGGUUCUCGUGCAUUUACAUCUGGUCAAUCAUGUCGAGGCUGUACAUCUUCAGCAAAAUUCACAAAUCAAAAUCAAUCAUAUAGUGAUAAUUCAGAUCGUCAACAAUUGCCAGACGAAGAAACUGAAAAUCAUCCAAAACGAAGUUUGGCAUGUGCAAUACUGGUUAGUCUUUUGUGUCCGAUUUUGGGUGUGAUUAGUAUUUAUUUUGCUAUAUUAUCUGUUCGAGCUCAAAGUCAAGGUUAUUUUGCUCAGUCUCAAACAUAUUAUCAACGCGCUAUUCGAUGGUCAUUAAUUACAUUUAUAUUUGGAUUGGUACUUUUAUCAACAAUUGCAUUUAUUUUCUUUGUUAGAGCUGUUUUACACGUCUAA